AUGUCGCCCCGUGAAGUCGACAAUGACCAUGUUCCAGGCACGGUGUAUCUUGUGGACGUCAUCGGUCGCGCCACGUCCCAUCUUCACGAUGCUUCGCACAAGGAUAUCUUGCUCGUCCCAAGACCAAGUGCUGAUCCAAACGACCCAUUGAAUUGGUCAAAACCUCGCAAACUCAUGGCAGUGGGCAUGGCAUACCUUUACGUCUUCGGUACCGGGAUCGCAACUUCUCUCCAGUACUCCGUGCUCGCCGACAUCACAGCCGACACUGGUAUUUCAACGGCCAAUCUAGUCGAAGGUACUGGCGUCAUGUUCCUUUUCUUCGGCUGGGCAUGUCUCAUCUGGCAGCCAAUCGCCCUGACGUAUGGUCGUCGCGGCGUAUACCUCAUCACGACACUUUUGACGAUCCCGCUGAUGGUUUGGACGGCGUACUCGACUUCAUCACCCGAAUGGUUCGCGCAUCGUGUGUUGCUCGGCAUUGUCGUUUCACCCAUCGAAUCUCUGUGUGAAGUCACAGUUCUCGAUCUCUUCUUUGCCCACAACCGCGGCACAUAUAUGGGACUAUAUGUCUUCAUCCUGUUUGGGUCCAACUUCCUCGCCCCACUUGUUGCUGGGUGGUUUAAUGAUGCCUAUGGAUGGCGGUGGACGAUGCAUUUUGGAGCAAUCGUUUGUGCUGCAGCUUUUGUUGUCAUUUUCUUUUUCAUGGAGGAGACUAUGUACGUUCGCGACAACACAUACGGGGGCGAAAGCGUCGCGGGACCAAGUAAAGAAGUGCCAGCCAAAGAAGACGACAACAACGAGAAAGGCACACGAAGCUCCGCGACGCCAUCGCCGAUUCCAACAGCGCAUACUCCGCUCAAGCGUAACAUCAAUGAAGGCCGCCACAGAUACACACUUUUCAAAUCUAUCCCAGGCCGCCCUUCGAACAUUGAUAUGCUGCGGAUGGCCUAUCGUCCAGUAGUCAUGAUCUUCCGCUUCCCAACCGUGGCUUGGUCCGGCUUCCUCUAUGGUAUCAAUUUGGCCUGGUACAAUGUGCUCAAUGGAACCGCCAGUCCUGUGUUGAGUGGUGCACCCUACAACUGGUCGGCUGCAUUGGUCGGCUGUGUGUACACCGGACCGAUCAUCGGUGCUGCAAUAGCAUCGCUUUGGUCUGGUAACGCGGCAGACUGGAUUGCGCUUCGACUGGCGCGGAGGAAUAACGGUAUACGUGAGCCAGAACAUCGCCUUUGGGUUCUAUUGAUCUCCGGGAUCAUGUCUGCCGCUGGACUGAUAACGUGGGGCGUCGGAGCUUAUCAUGACGCGCAUUGGGUAGGUUUGGUAUUUGGCCUCGGCAUGCUCACAUUUGGCUGCGUUACUGGCGGCUCAAUUGCUGUGAGCUACAAUGCCGACUGCUUCAAAGAGCUCGCAGGAGAGACGACAGUAUCGGUCAUGUUGAUCCGCAACACGAUUGGGUUCGGAUUCAGCUAUGCGAUUACGCCAUGGUGGAAAGACCAAGGCUUGCAGGGCUGUUUCAUAACCGCCGGUAUGGUUUCCUUGGCUUUACAUGGCUACGACGGUGGUGUCACAUGA